AUGGUGAAAUGUGAUCCACGCAACGGAAAGUACAUGGCGUGUUGUUUGCUGUUUAGAGGAGACGUCGUACCUAAGGAUAUCAACUCGGCUAUUGCCGUUAUCAAGACGAAACGGGCGAUUCAGUUUGUGGACUGGUGUCCUACAGGCUUUAAGGUAGGUAUCAACUACCAGCCACCGACAGUAGUACCGAACGGUGAUCUCGCCAAAUUGCAGCGGGCUGUUUGCAUGCUGUCCAACACCACGGCUAUUCAGGAAGCGUGGGCACGCCUCGAUCACAAGUUCGACCUGAUGUACGCGAAACGAGCCUUCGUACACUGGUGA